CUGCAUAUAGCUUUAAAAUUACCUGUCUGUAUGUGUGUAUAUAUAGGUAGUAUAAAAUUUAAUUUUAUUCUAUAGGGAAAUUUUUGCCUUUGAAGACAAUGUUAGGACCAAGAUAUGAUGAUCAGGUUGCUGAAGAAAAUCGCUUCCAUCCCAGUAUGCUGUCUAACUAUUUAAAGAGCCUGAAGGUUAAAAUGGGCUUAUUGAUGGACUUGACGAAUACUACUAGAUUCUAUGAUAGGAAUGAUAUAGAAAAAGAAGGGAUCAAAUAUAUAAAACUUCAGUGUAAAGGGCAUGGCGAAUGUCCUACAUCUGAGAACACAGAAACAUUUAUCCGCCUAUGUGAGCAUUUUAGUGAGAAGAAUCCUUCAGAGCUUAUAGGUGUUCAUUGUACACAUGGGUUUAAUCGAACUGGUUUUCUUAUCUGUGCCUUUUUGGUUGAGAAGUUGGAUUGGAGUAUUGAAGCAGCAGUGGCUACUUUUGCUCAAGCCAGACCACCAGGUAUCUACAAAAGUGACUAUUUGAAAGAGCUCUUCCGUCGAUAUGGAGAUGUAGAUGAUGCACCACCACCUCCUGAGCUGCCUGAAUGGUGCUUUGAUGAAGAUGAUGAAGAGGAAGAGGAUGAGGAAGAUGUUAAAACAGGAGGUCAAGAAUCAGAACCUGGGUCUUCAAGUUCAACUUUUGGCAAAAGGAGAAAAGAACAACUAAAACUGGGUGCAAUUUUCUUGGAAGGUGUGACAGUUAAACGUGUAACCCAAGUGACAACUCAACCAAAGUUAAGAGAGAUACAGCAAAAAUGUCAGCAAUUUUGUGGAUGGGAAGGGUCUGGAUUCCCUGGAGCACAGCCUGUUUCCAUGGACAAACAAAAUAUUAAACUUUUAGAGCAGAAACCUUACAAAGUAAGCUGGAAAGCAGAUGGCACUAGGUAUAUGAUGAUGAUUGAUGGCAAGAAUGAAGUUUAUAUGAUUGAUAGAGAUAACUCAGUGUUUCAUGUAUCUAACCUGGAGUUUCCAUUUCGUAAAGAUCUUCGCACACAUUUAACAAACACUCUGCUGGAUGGGGAAAUGAUCAUUGACAAGGUAAAUGGACAAGUUGUUCCUCGGUACUUGAUAUAUGACAUUAUUAAAUUCAAUGGACAGCCAGUUGGAGAAUGUGAUUUUAACAUUCGACUAGCAUGUAUAGAAAAAGAGAUUAUAUUUCCACGGCAUGAAAAGAUGAAGAAUGGUCUCAUUGACAAAGCACAGGAACCAUUCAGUGUUCGAAACAAACCGUUUUUUGACAUCCACACGGCAAGAAAGCUUCUUGAAGGAAAUUUUGCCAGAGAAGUCAGUCAUGAAGUUGAUGGACUGAUUUUUCAGCCAACAGGUAAAUACAGGCCUGGUCGAUGUGAUGAUAUUUUGAAAUGGAAGCCACCCAGUCUGAAUUCUGUUGAUUUUCGUCUAAAGAUAACAAGAAUUGGUGGAGAAGGAUUACUUACCCAGAAUGUUGGUCUUCUUUAUGUUGGAAGUUUUGACAGGCCUUUUGCACAAAUUAAGGUGACAAGAGAACUGAAACAGUAUGACAAUAAAAUUAUAGAGUGCAAAUUUGAGAACAACAGCUGGGUCUUCAUGAGGCAGAGAAUAGACAAAAGCUUUCCAAAUGCUUACAACACUGCCCUAGCUGUAUGUAAUAGCAUCCAAAAUCCAGUUACAAAGGAAAUGCUGUUUGAGUUCAUUGAUAGGUGUACAGCAGCUUCUCAAGGACAGACGCAUAAACAUCACCUGGAUCCUGAUGCUGAACUUAUGCCCCCACCUCCUCCCAAAAGACCACGCACCAUAACUUAAGGCCGCAUGCCGAAUGCAAAGCAUGUUGUUUACAAUUCUACAGAAGGUGAAAUGAAAAAGUGUGGAUUUAAAAAAAAAGAAAACAUUUUCAAAAUAGUCAUUCUAAGCAUCCUGUAAAUAUCUAGAUGCAUUUUUUCAAAUGCCACAUCAUGAACCGAUGUACUUUUUGUAACUGGCAAAUUCAACCUUACUUUAUGGGAUUUGAAGAUUGAAAUAUCCAAAGGUUUAGACAAGAACAGUAUAGAAUCAGUGGAAAGCUGCCUUGUUUAUACAUGGGUAUCUUUCACCUUUAACUUAUAAUGUUGGCAAUCUGGAACUGUGAGAAAAUAUUGGAACACUGAACUUUUUAGAGGCCGUGUUUCAAAUAUAGUGGUGUUUCGUUUUCUUUCUUUUUAUUUAAUUAGUUGAAAUUUUUCAUUCUUAGUAUAAUUUAUAUUCGUGUUCCUACAUUUCUGAGACUCAUGUUCAAGAACAAACAGCAAUGUUGUUUGUGCACUGUGUUGGUUUGCAAAACCUUAUUAAGUGUACUAAUUUUAAAAUUAGCUGAGGUGGUUUUUUUUUUAUUAUUAUUAAAGAACUGAAUCUUUAUGGUUGUAAAUAGCAUCCUUUCUAAAAGAAAUGUGCCGGGUUGUUCUGGGGGGUUGUGUUUUGUUUUCAUUUCAUUAUCUAAAGUGACACACUUAAUGUCUGAUGGGUCAAUUUUAGCUCUGCAUUUUAAGUUUAUUUGUAGAUAAGGAUCACACAUGAAAUCCUUAGUAUUAAAGUCUCUGGUUUCAGACAGUUUCUAAUGCAAGAUGUAGUUCUCCAUAGUGAAGCCAUUAUAAAUAAUAUUUAAAGGUACAUCUUCACUGUGAUAUGCAAGAGUAAUAACUAGUACUAAUAAUGUUGUCUUAGAUCCAGGUGCAAAAUGGCAAAAGAAAUGCCAAACACCACCUUUAAGGAGGAGGUAAUUCCAAUGGAAUAGAGCCCUGUCACAGAAAAAGGGAUCCUAUGAUUAGACAAAAGCAGAGCAAGACAUUUAUCAGUGGAAAUUAACAUGCUGAAUACCAAGACAGUUUUCAAAACAGUAGUCAAUUGUCCUGUGACAAUAUUCUAAUCCGCUGACUUUAUUUCACUUAUAGCCAGUGAUGAAACAAAUAGCCUAAUGGCUCUUGCUGCAGUACAGUUGGCAGUUGUUCACUCAAUUAAGAUGGAAAAGCUGCAUUCCAACAGACUUAUGGAGGCAUUGCUCUCAGUCUGAACUAACUAAAAACAAACGUAAUUAUAAAAGUGCAGUUUUAAAAGUUUUCUGUCCAAUUAAUGAGCUGGUGUUUAUACUUGUUUUUCAAUAACUAUAUAACUAAAUAUGAGUGAUCCAGUCAUUCAACAGUCUGAUUAACAUAAUUUCAGUUGAUAUAAUAAUCUGAUCUAAAAUAGUUUAUACUUAAAUGACUUUUAAUGUUUGUAAAUAAAGUUAACUCAUGAAGUAUUUUUUCUAUAUGGAAACUUUAGGGCUAUACUUGGGGGCGGGGCGGCUCCUCCAAUUGUUUCAACAUGUAUAAAUAUACACUGUAUCAUUCACAUGGUAAUCCUCAUGUGUCUUUCCUGGGAUACUCCAUACAUGUUUUAGGGCACUGAAGAGGUUAAAUAAGUUGCUUUAUUUUGCUGCAGUAAAACUUAAGGAAAAAGUGUGCUCUUCAAAGCUCAUGUUUCAACCAUACAUACUUUCUAUGUACUCUCUUUAUAACAGAUAUAUCACCUAUGCACGGUUGAAAAAUUAUAUCCCAAAAGCAACUUUAUGAAUUUGAUAUGAAAACCUAUGCAACCUCAAUGCAUCCUUCAUGGAAACUCAUUGUACAUUUCUUUUCUACAUAAUGUUUGUUGUGGUUUUCCCCAGACUUUCAGCCUUACCAUUGUGUUAAGUCAUGAUGACAUAUAUAUUUUAUCAUCAGUCUUUAUUGCUGUUUAAAUGUCUAUGGUAAUUGGAACCUUUUAACUGAGGUAUGUGAAAAAGAGCAUUUUGUUUUAAAUAUUCAGUUUAUUUCCUCUCUUCUCCUUCACACCUUUUGUCUCUUUAUUUCAACAGAAUUUUUUUAAGUUUAUAAUUUGUCAUUUUCUUUUGUGCAUUUGUAGCCUGCCCUCGAUGUGCAUUUCACGCAGUUCAUGAAUGCGCACUCUUGUCCUUUGCAUAUUUUGACUUUACUGUUUUCUUCCCAUCAAGUUUUGCAGUGGGUAUAUUGAAGGAAUUGUAAAGAUAUUGAGAGAUGAUCUGAUGGUUGGGGAGAUCUCUGCUCAGAUUUGACUUGAAGUUUUUUCUGCACUGCAGCUCUAUAACCUUUGAAAGAGGCUGAUCAUGUUUGGUUUUCUGUACAAGGUUUUAAAAAAAGAAAUGAGAAGGGCAGAGUGAAGGAUCAGAUAAAAACAAUGGAAAUUCCACUUUUGUUUUUGUUUUGUUUUGUUUUUUGUUUGUUUGUAAGAAUAUGAGCCCCACUCUGCUACUAGAUAUUCUGAGAUAGGUGUCAAGGAGGCAAGGAAGAGACUGUGCCAAAAAAACCUGAGAAAAACUAAAGUUGCUCUUAGAAUAUAGAGUAUGAACCCAUCCUCUGAGUUGUUUUUUGUUAAAUAGUACAUGUACAGAUACAUUUUGCUUUCAAUGGAGUUCUCAGAAAAUGUCAGUAUGUUCCUCUGCAAACUAUGUAUUAAGUAUUUUAAUAAAGUCAAUGGUUUAAAAGAAUAGGUGUUAAUUUACUUGUGCUAGUAGUCUAAUUGUUUGUGCUUACGAUAUCCAUCCAUCCCGUUGCCAGCAACAGGGUACUCAACCAAUAUUCAAACAGAAGAAUUCUACAUGUUUUGCAGAGGUCAGAGGUUCAACUCUGUGGGCUAGAAAGCCCAAGCAUAAGCAUUUCCAGAGAGCUAUUAAGUGAUAUAGUCUUGGCUAUAAUAAAUAUUUUUAAAGCAGAGUUUUUCCUUCCUGUGCUGAAGAGGAAACUCAAGAACUGGUGAAUCAGAAUAACUUUUUAAAAUGUGCUAAUAUUUGUUAAAUGUAGGGCUAUCAAUUAAUUGAAG